CUUGCUCUCUCAGCACUUUUCUAUGGGUUUUUCACCACCACCACCGCAGCACGCACACAGCGAUCGGUGGCGUAAGGACGGCACAUCCAUGGGAAAACAAAUGAGGAGAACCUACACACAGCCUCAAUGGCAAAAAGUAUUUCGAAACAGUCGCACGGACACAGUGGCGGGCCAAGUCAACUCCUCGGCAUUUCUCAACACCGAGUUUAGUUGUAUGAAAAUUGCCGCGCAUUGCGGUACGGAGAGCGCACGUCAGUCGGAUUCAGGAGUGCUCAAGCUCAGAAGUUUACCAUGGAUUUGCCAAGGAGACCCUGAAGGAGGCGCAAGUGUUCUUAUUAUUUUUCUUUUGCCUUUUCCGCCAACUUUUUGAGUUUUUGCGCUUCGCCAGAAGCAACAGUUUGCAACUUUUUCAACAAGUGUGGAGAGAAAAAAAAAGUGCUGAAAAGCUCCAGUGAAGAGAACCAUCGGAAAAGUGUGCAUUUCUUAAAAGUGGAAUCAGAGAGACUUUUUUUAUCUGUGUUUUACCCAACAAAUUAAACACUGACGUCACCAGUUCUUAAAUCUGUGUUUUCAUGACUCUAAACUUUAUUGACAGUGCGGAGAAGGCACAAAAAGCGAUCUCUCGAUGAUCAUCAGUGACAAACUUCUCCCUCAGACUCUGAAAAAAUGUUAGCACUCAAUUCGAGAGAAAAUGAUUCACGAGGAUUUUCAUCAUCGCCACUCAUUUGGAUAACUCCAAUGUUUCUCUAAUGUGAUUUCUCAAGGAAAAUUUUAUCACUUGGGAACAUUUCAAGGAGAUUCUGUUGAAAGUGCGCGCAACUCAAAACACACAGUGGUUAAUUGCUUAAACUUUUGUGAAGAUAAACCACACAGUUUUUUUUUCAUUUCAUAGACAAUAAAUUGCAGUACAAGUUGUAAAACAUCAGUGUCUUUUUGGAAAGUCGUGUGGAAAAUUGUGUGCUGUGUGCAAAACAGGAAAUUUGUGUGCGCCAAUGGGUUAACUCGGACUUUCCAGCCCUGCCAGUCACAUAAAAAUAUAAAGUCGUGAGGACGAGAGACUCUUCCAGACCGUAAUUUCGAGAAGCAAUCAAUUCGCAACUCUGUGACGGCGUUUUUCGCAAAAAUUCUUCCAUUUGUGACCAGCAGAAGGUGUAAAUUGGACGCGAAGAGAGAACAGGAGUGUUUGCUCACGAGGAGAGACAAUUGCGUGGAAGUGCUCGCAGGCGUUAAACAACGCCUUGUGUCUCAUUCUUCCCAUUUUUCUUCCACCUCUACACAACAAAUAGGCAUACAUUUGUUACACAAAUAGCAAAAUGACGUCCCAAAGAUUUUGUCUCCGAUGGAACAAUCAUCAAACUAAUUUACUAUCAGUCUUCGAUCAACUGCUACACGCUGAAACGUUCACGGAUGUCACGUUGGCGGUCGAAGGACAAUACCUCAAAGCUCACAAGAUGGUGUUAUCGGCGUGCAGUCCCUACUUCCAGGCGCUGUUCGUCAACCACCCCGAGAAGCACCCCAUCGUUAUACUGAAGGACGUGCCGUUCGCCGACAUGAAGAGCCUGCUGGACUUCAUGUACCGGGGAGAGGUGUCUGUUGACCAGGAGCGCCUCACGGCCUUCCUCAGGGUAGCGGAGAGCUUACGGAUAAAGGGUCUCACGGAGGUAAACGACGAGAGGCCCAUGGGACCCGCUCACACACCACCCCCGCCUCAGUUGCACAGAAUCCAUCCCUACUUGGCGCAGCGGAAGCAGCAACAGGGGAUGCUCCUGAGCAAUCCACUGCUGGGUAGCGCGCUCACCAUGCCCAAGCGGAAACGAGGGCGGCCUCGAAAGCUGUCGGGCAGCUCGAACGGCGCCGGAAAUGACUAUGAUGACUACGAGUCGCGAGAUAAUCUCAUUCAAGGCUCGCCUGAACUGCUGGAGGUGAAGAUGGGUACGGACAUGUACUCAAAUUCAGGCAAUGAAGGAUCCGACGACAAUCCCAACCGAGAUGACGCUGAUCAGGACUCCAAUCAAGAAGCAAUGGACACGUCAGAGUCGCAACAGAGCAAGUCAGCGUCUCAUCCCGCCGCGUCGACGUCGAAAGAGCCGAGUCCGCGAAAGGAUCAAGACAACAGUACCUCAGGUGAUCGGUUUGCCGAUGACGGAUCAGACGGCGAUAGUGCAAUGGACGCCACGUUUAUGGAGCCCCAACUGAUGCUGGACGAGUACGAUGAGCCCGUGGAGUUCAAGUACGACCCCAACUCGGCCUCGCCGCCGCCCGCCGGCGAGCAGGGCGCGGCGUCGGGCACGAGAAGCACCACCGUUCAACUGGAGAUGCCAAAGUUGACGCCAAUUCUGCAGCAUCACAUCCUGGCGCCCCAGAAAAACCUACCAAAGCUACAGAAACGUCCAAAAGUGAAGCAGAACGGCAUCUCAGGGGAGCAACAGGGCGGCGCCAGCACGCUGCAGGUGACGAAUGUGUUUGGGAACCUCAACAACAAUGACUUCAUCGACAUCUUCUCCACCAAUCUGUUCACGUCGAGCGGCGCCUCGGCGUCCGCCUCCACGUCGCCGCAGUCCAGCACCACCAUCAAGAUCGAGCCGCAGAUCACGAGCAAUCGCAGCGGGAAGUACAUCAUCGAUGACUCCGAGGGCUCCGUCAGGGAUUUCUGUACCAAAGAGGGCGAUCACGUGUAUCGCUGCAAGGUGUGCUCGCGCGUGUACACGCACAUCAGCAACUUCUGUCGCCACUACGUCACGUCGCACAAGCGCAACGUGAAGGUGUAUCCCUGUCCGUACUGUUUCAAGGAGUUCACGCGGAAGGACAACAUGACGGCGCACGUGAAGAUCAUCCACAAGCUGGAGAACAGCUCCGCCACCGCCGGCGGCGCCGCAGUGUCGGCGACCACGAGCCAGGGCCAGUAGCCUAGCGCGCCUAGGCUGCCGUCGGCCCCGCGACCACGAGUGAAAGAGAAACAAUCAAUCAACCUGUGUACCUUAAAUUACAAGUAGAACUUAUUACAAUUGCUAAGACAACACGAGGAGAAUGUAUGAUUUUCGAGAAUUGGGGAACUAGAGAUAACCUUAGGAGAAGUUGGUUAUUAGUAGAGGAUGUUUAAUCUAACUAAGAAAUAUGGCUGUUGAGUGUGGCAGCGCUUUUCACAUUUUGGGAUGGACACGAGAAAGCAAGAUACUAUACGUUUAGAAGUUUGUUUAUCUAGAGGUUUAUAUGCUAAAAUAAAAAAAAUAUCAUUCCUUCAAAAGGGUAUUUUUCUAGGUAUAGUAAUUUGUGUAAUUAAACAACAUUUAAUUAUUGUGUAAACUAUCGCAAAAACAAACAAGUUAAAGGAUUAUAACUUGAAAUGAUGAGGAUCAAAAUAUUUAGACAAGACAAUAGUGAAAAAUGAGUUUAGAGAUUGUUUAUGAUGCAUAAUUUUAGAAGAAGAAGAAGAACGAGAAAAAAUAUUGAAAACUAAUAUAAAAAAAAUAUAUUCUGUAGAAAUUGAGUACAAUUUGUUAAACACUAGACGUGAAGGAAAAAUAAAACAAGAUAAAAUAAUACCAUUUAAACUUGUUAAAUAAUUUUUAAAGAAAGAAACUUUAUAAACUAAUCAAAUAUGUCCAUGUUCCAUUUAA